UUUAGGGCUCGCCUCAAAACAUAACCAAUAUUUACAAUCACAAGCCAAUGAUCAAGAGAAGACAUUUAUUUGCAUUUUAUUAGCUUUUGUUGAGUUUCCUGCGUUGUGGCAUAUACUAACCGGCACGAAUGCCUUUACCUUCAUUGAAUAAACCAAAUUCAGUACUUAAAUCACCACAAUUGAUUAAAAAACAAGUAUUCCCAUUUUAUCAAUUGUAUUUAUAAACAAUUAUAAAGUGCGAUUGUUACCAUGGCAACCUUAGAAGAUAAAAUCCUCGGCGAGAAACAGCAUAAUUACUGUAGCAGUAGCGAAGAAAGCGCGGAUGAUAACAGUGACGAUGAAGGCUCUGACCGGAAACCGUCCGGCAAUAGCCAAGAAGCUCCUUCAGAACUUCCAGAACCAAACAAAUGGGAGGGCACAUCAACAAACACAGGCCCCAAGGGUGUAAUCAAAGACUGGCAGCGAUUCAAGCAGCUGGAGACCGAGAAACGCGUUGAUGAUGAGCGUGAACGCGCCGAAUUAUACAAAAAACUAAGCAUGACAGUGCGCUCCGCUUUGGACGAAGAACGCGAAGCUGCAAGUCUAGAAGAUGCUGACCUGGCAGAACUGCUCAAUGAUGAAUUUCUACUUGAAUCAAAACAACGUAUGCAUGAGAUGCUUCAACAAAAUGACCAUCACAAAACAUUUGGAAAACUCGUCUAUUUAAACAGUGGGCCAGAAUAUCUGGAUUCUAUUGAUCAAGAAGACAAGAAAGUUAAGAUAAUAGUCCACAUCUAUGAGGAGAGGGUGGCUGCUUGCAAGGCAAUGAAUGAGGCCCUGCAGGAUCUAAGCAAAAUCUAUGAUAAAGUGAAGUUUUGCGCCAUCGAUGUAACUCGCGCAGGUAUGAGCCGCGACUUUAAAAUCAACGGGGUGCCAGCACUUUUGAUCUAUAAAGCUGGACAAGUAAUCGGGAAUUUUGUCCGGUUAUCGGAUGACUUGGGGAAUGAAUUUGAUGCAGAAGAUGUGCAAGCAUAUCUAAUUGAGCAUGGAAUGCUGGAAGACAAGAGUCUAAAACCGCUAAUUGUGCGGAAUGCUGUCGAUGAAGACAGUGAUUGAAAUACUUCUUCAGGGCAAAUUUUUUUGGACCAAAGACUUUUGUAUUUAAAUCUAAUCUUAAACUUAAGAUGCAAUAAUGUUCUUAAUCUUUUUUAACUUACCAUGUCUACUGUGUUCAUCAUGGCUUGAGUGUAUCUUCAAUAUGUAAUAAAUAUUUAAUAUAAAAUUUCGAAAACGUCAAA